UACAUGCUUCCACUGGGAUCUAUCAUUAGGAAACAUAAUGUUAAUUUUCACUCGUAUGCAGAUGACACCCAGUUAUACCUUUCAUUUAAAUCAAAUGAAGUUUCUCCAAUGUGGUCUUUAAUUAGUUGUGUUAGUGAAUUAAAGGAGUGGAUGAAUAAGAACUACUUGUCUUUAAAUACAGAUAAAACAGAGAUGUUAAUUGUUGGAGGGAAUGAUGCUGAUCACAAUAAUAUUUUGUCAUCAUUUAACUCAAUGGGAAUCCCAGUCAAUUUUACUGAAUCAGCCCGCAAUCUAGGAGUUAUCUUUGACUCUAGCAUGUCAUUUAAAGCGCAUAUUACAAAGUUGUCUAAAACAUGUUUCUUCCAUCUUAAAAAUGUUAGGAAAUUAAGGCGCUUUUUAAAUAAACAGGAUUCUGAGAAACUAAUUCAUGCAUUUAUCUCUAGUAGGAUUGACUACUGCAAUGCGGUGUUCACUGGAUGUUCAAACUGUUCUUUAUACAGCCUCCAGUUAAUCCAAAAUGCGGCUGCGAGAAUUAUUACAAGAACAAGAAAAUACGAACACAUAACUCCAGUUCUUAAAUCCUUACACUGGCUCCCGGUUAAGUUCAGGGCAGAUUUCAAAAUCCUUCUUUUAACAUAUAAAUCAUUAAAUGGUCGAGGUCCGGCUUACUUGUCUGAACUUAUCAUGACUUACAAACCAGAGCGCACAUUAAGAUCUCAAGAUGCCGGUCUGCUUAUGAUUCCAAGGAUUAAUAAAAUAACAGUGGGGGGUCGAGCUUUUAGUUACAGGGCCCCUAAACUGUGGAAUGGUCUGCCUGCUACUAUAAGAGAUGCCCCUUCGGUCUCAGCUUUUAAAUCCCGGCUGAAGACUCACUACUUCAGUUUAACAUAUCCUGACUAGAGCUGCUGAUUAACUGUACAGACUGCAUCUCUGUUGUUAGUCAUUAGCACUUAAACAUAAGUAACAUGACAGUUAUAAUUGUAUACUAACCCUCACUUAUUCUGUUUUUCUUCUCGGUACUCAAAUGUGGCACUUGGUGCCACGGCCCACCCGCCAAGUUGUUUUGCCUGCCUAAGGAAAAGUCAUCUCUGAUGGAGGAUCGCAGGAAUCGUGGGAGAGAGGGGUCCUUUCAUCGGAUUGGCUGGCCCAGCACUGUUUCAGCUGUGGAAUGGCCAAAUGGGGGAGGCAGCUUGAAGGAUGAGGUCUCCAGGACUCUAUACA